AUGGCUACUCCCUUAUCUUCCUCAAAAACUUCUUUAGUAGCUGCUGACAACGUCAGCAAUACUAAUGGUACCUCCAAAAGUAUCAAUCAACCUCAGCAACCUGUUGUCAAAAAAAGAGUCCCCAAAUCUGCAAACUUCAGAGGUUGGAAAGAAACUGUAGGCUGGCUGGAAUUUGAUAUCCUCUCUCUAGAAGACGAAUUGGACGAUCUAUUAAACACUCCAACUCAUCUUGACAAUCUCUUGCCCGAUUUCGCCUAUGGUGAUUGGUACCACAAUGUUGCUAUUUUCAUUUUAGCUGGCUUGACAUGUUUUAUCUUGGGCAAAUUCAAAUUUUCCCUCGCUCCUGUCUUCCCAUUCAUGGUCAUCUUCUCUUUAUACUACAGAACCCAAAUUAGAAAGUACAGAUCAAACCUUCGAGAACAAGCUCAAAGAGCGUUCUCCAUCAAAAGAAUCGAAAACGACUAUGAAACAAUGGACUGGCUAAACACUUUUCUAGACAAAUUCUGGCUAUACCUAGAACCCUCAAUUUGCCAAAUCGUUUGUGACCAGGCAAAUCCAAUUCUAGCUUCUUUGCCUCAAAUUCCUCCAUUCGUUACAGGUAUCUGGAUAGACACUCUAACUUUAGGAACCAAACCCUUUAGAAUAGAACACGUCAAAACCUUUCCACGAACCUCUGACGAUGUCGUUGUCAUGGACUGGUCUGUCUCAAUGACCCCCAACGAAAUCUCUGACAUGAACAACAAACAAUUGAAGAACCAUGUUAAUCAAAAAUUCGUCAUCAAAAUCAAACUAUUCAAUUUCAUAACCUUUCCCAUAGUCGUUGAAGAUGUUGCCUUUCACGUAACUGUAAGAGUUCGUAUCAGAAUGAUGUCCAGUUAUCCCAACAUUGACACUGUCAACGUUUCCUUGCCUGAAUUUCCAAAAUUCGAUUUUGUCUCAAAGGUCUUUGGCCAAGGUAUCUUCAACUGGGAAGUUCUAUCAGUUCCUGGCUUAUUACCUCUAAUCAACGACAUGAUCCUCAAAUUUGCUGGCCCAAUUCUUUUCAACCCCUUUUCUUUCCAAUUAAACAUCGAAGAAUUACUAAAAGGUAAUCUUACUGGUGCCAUCGGCGUCCUAACCAUCCUACUUAAAGACGCCAAAGAUAUCAAACUAUUUGAUCAAACCUCUGGCAACACAAUCGAUCCUUACCUUACCUUUAACUUCAAUGGCCCAACCUUGGCUAAAUCAAAAACCAUUGAAGACACUUGUGAUCCGGUUUGGAACGAAUCAAUCUACAUCCUAGUUAACUCUCUAGCCCAACCUCUACAAAUGAUCUGCUAUGAUUUUAACGAUGACAGAAAAGAUGUUCAAAUGGGAACAAUCAACUUCGAUAUCCAAUCUCUAAAGACUUCUCCAACUCAACCAAAUCUAGCUGUCCCUCUAUUAAGAAACAACAAACCUGUUGGCACUUUGUUCUUUGAUCUAAAUUACUCUCCUGUCUUGGAAGGUAAAAGAUUAAUUGAUGGAUCAACUGAACCUCCUCCAGAACUAAAUACCGGUAUUGCUAGAAUUGAAAUCAAUGAAAUCAAAAUCGAAAACCCUGAAAACCCAAACACUUUUGUUGAAUUGUACAUCAACAAAGAACUAAUCCUAACCACUUCAACUGUCAAAAGUAAUAAUAACCCCAUUUGGAAUGUUUCCUCCGAAAAGUUGAUUUUAGAUAAAAGAAAAACAAGAGUCUUGCUCAUUGUCAAAAACGAUAAAAACGAAAAACUAGAUUAUCUAGUCACUAGCUUGAAUGACAUUGUUGAUCGUUCCGAAAUCGAUAAGAAAUGGAUCCCCUUAAAAGAUGGUAAUGGUGAAAUCAAAGUCACUUCCCAAUGGAAACCCGUCAGAUUAGCUGACGUUCCUGGUGCCUCUGGCUAUAGUGAUCCAAUUGGUGUUGUAAGAGUCGCUAUCGAUAAAGCUGUUGGUUUACGUAACUUGGAAAAUGUUGGUACAAUUGAUCCCUAUGCAAGAAUAUUAAUCAAUGGUUUCCAAAGAGGAAGAACUUUGGCUGUUGAUUCAAGUAUUGACCCAAUUUGGAAUGAAGUUUUAUAUGCCACUGUUACUGGUCCAAAUCAAAAAUUAACCAUUGAAGGAAUGGAUGUUGAAAAAAUUAGUGCUGACCGUACUUUAGGUUCAUUUGAUAUCAAACUAAAUGAAAUCAUUCACAAAGGCGACGACAAUAACUACAUUGAACAUGUUGACAAAGAAUACAGAUCAAAUAAAUUAGUAUCUAAAAAAGGCCCCAAAGGUACUAUUACUUAUCAUUUGAGUUUUUUUCCUGCAAUUCCUGUUAUGGACUUGGAUGAAAUAGCUGAAGAAGAUGAAGCCACUGCUUUGAAACUCCAAAAAGAAAAAGAAAAAGAAAAAGAAAAUCCAACUAAUAAGUCUGAUAAAGACGCUAAGAUAAAUAAAGAAAUUGAUUUAGCUGAAUUAGAUAAAAGUCACAAGUUAAGAUUGAAUUUAAAUGAGCUAAUGAACUAUAACUCUGGUGUAUUUGUUUAUCAAAUUCUUCAAGGUGCUUUUAAUAACUCAAAUCUUUAUAUUCAAGCAUUUUUUGAUGCUGACAGUUAUCCUCAAUACGUCUCAGAUAAAUUAAGACAAUCCAAAUGUAUCAUCAAUGAUACAGGUGACGUAGUUGUAAAAGAAUUAGAAUAUUCAAGAGCUACAUUUCGUUUGGUUAAAGAUAAAGACCAAAGUAGAGCAGAAGAUUGUAUUGCUGAAGCAUCAUUGCCAACAAGAGUUUUAUUGCAGAAUAGUUAUGCUGGAACAUCUAAAGUUUCCUUUAAUGAUGGAUCUGUUAUUAGAUUACAAACUAAAUUUAUUCCAAUAACUUUUGAAAAUUUACCACUUCAAGAUACUAUAUUAAAUUCUGGUCAACUAACAGUAACAGUGCUAAAUGGUAGAAACUUAAUUUCAGCUGAUAGAAAUGGUAAAUCUGAUCCAUUUGUUGAAGUUAGAUUAAAUGGUAAAAAAUAUCUAAAAACCAAGACUAUUAAGAAAACAUUAAAUCCAGACUGGAUUACCAAAGAAGAAUGUGUUAUCCCAUUAACAAAUCGUACUCAUAGUCAUUUAGAAGUUCGUUGUUUUGAUUGGGACUUUGGUGAAGGACAAGAUGAUAAGUUGGGAAUUGGAUUUGUUGAUUUAACUAAAGUACCACUUGAUGCACCAUCGGAAGUUCAAGUACCAUUAAAUUUGGACGGUAAAGAUGGGGGAUACAUUACAUUAAAAUUAGCCUUCCAACCCCUUUAUAUUUACAGUGUGAGGAAGAAAGAAGGAACAUUUGCAGAUGGAGCAACCAAAGUAUUUGGAGCUGGUAAAACCUUUGUUGGUGCAGGUGGUAAAGUCAUUGGAGGAGCCGCGGGAGUUGUUGGCAAAGGAGGAUCUUUUGUUAAACAUAAAAUCUUUGGAAGAAAGAAGGAUUCAAAUGAUGAUUAA